CCUCUGUCGCCACGAGAACUUCUGUCGCAGCUCCGCAUUCACAGCCGACAUGCACCUGCAGAAGGGCCGGUCCGAUACGCCCGCCUAUCGUACGAAGUGGCACAUCAGUUGCUUCAUCCAACAGAAAGCACGGAAUGGCAUUGGUCUCCUAGAGCGGCCUAUAGCAUGCGAGAAUGUGCAAGGAGCCUCUCCGCCAGUUCCUUCAAGCCGGUCGUACGUGUACCUGGACGACCGCACGCUGCCCAACCGCUUGCCGCCCAGCAUCUCCACCCGGGCCAUAGCGCCUACAUUGCAUCUGAGCUCCAUCGCCCAUGCAGCAGCGCUUCAGAUAGAAGGGAAGAUUCUCCGCGUGUCGACGUUGUUCGUCCGAAAAAGCCGACUGGCAAAGCAAUACCUCGGGAUAUGCAGGACACGUCGAAACACUGCGUUAAAAGGGGGUGCCGUGGCCGUUUGCUGGCGCGAGCCUCAACAGGACUCGACAGCACAGGUGUCAUCAAUUCUCACAUGAUCGACACAAGCUAAUCAAUCGCUCCCGUCGAA